AUGUGGUCACGCUUUUUAUGGCCAGUCCUGCUAAUUGGUAAAUCCAUCAACUUCCUGCAUCAGGUCUGUCAAGACCGAACACCGCUCGGCAAAAUCACGCCGGCGUCGAACUCUGCAGACACACCCAGAGAUACUGCGGAGCUGCUGUCAGACCUUGAAGGGGCGUUUCAGGAGAAGAUCGACGCCGCCUAUUUCGACACCAGCAAAUACCUGCUGGACGUUCUGAACCGAAACUACCUGCUGCUGGAGCACCUGCAGGCCAUGAGGAGAUACCUGCUGCUGGGCCAGGGAGACUUCAUCAGACACCUGAUGGACCUGCUCAAACCGGAGUUAGUGCGUCCCGCCACCACUUUGUACCAACACAACCUGACGGGGAUCUUAGAGACGGCAGUCAGAGCCACCAACGCUCAGUAUGACAACGCAGAGAUCCUCAAGAGGCUGGAUGUACGCCUGCUGGAGGUGUCUCCAGGUGAUACCGGCUGGGAUGUUUUCAGUCUUGACUACCACGUUGAUGGACCCAUUGCUACGGUGUUUACAAGGGAGUGUAUGGGCCACUACCUGCGUGUGUUUAAUUUCCUGUGGAGGGCAAAGAGGAUGGAGUACACACUGACGGACAUCUGGAAGGGACAGAUGUGUAACGCCAAGCUGCUCAAAACCAUGCCAGAGUUGUCCGGUGUGCUGCAUCAGUGCCACAUCCUGGCCUCCGAGAUGGUCCACUUCAUCCACCAAAUGCAGUACUACAUCACCUUUGAGGUGCUGGAGUGCUCCUGGGACGAGCUGUGGAACAGAGUGCAGCAGGCGCAGGAUCUCGACCACAUCAUCGCCGCCCACGACCUGUUCCUCGACAGAGUCAUCUCAAGAUGCCUGCUAGACAACAGCAGCAGGAAUCUUCUGAACCAGCUGAGGGCCAUAUUCGACCAGAUCAUCGAGUUUCAGAGCGCCCAGGACUCGCUGUACCGCUCGGCUCUGGAGGAGCUCACCCUGCGGCUGCAGUUUGAGGAGAGGAAGCAGCAGAAGGAGAGCGAGGGUCAGUGGGGAGUGACGGCUGAACAGGAAGCGGAGGAGAAGAAGAGGAUUCAGGAGUUCCAGGAAACCAUACCAAAGAUGCGCUCCCAGCUCCGCAUCCUCACACACUUCUACCAGAACAUCGUGCAGCAGUUCCUGGUGUUGCUGAUGACCAGCACGGAUGAGAGUCUGCGUUUCCUCAGCUUCAGACUGGACUUCAAUGAGCACUACAAGGCCAGGGAGCCGAGGCUGCGAGCAUCACUGGGAACCAACAGGGGGCGACGGCAGUCAAAUAUCUGACGUGAAGACGAUGACAAUGACAAGCGAGGCUCCCACUGAUUGGAGUAGGACAUCACAGCGAGGGGCCGCACAGCAGACUUCUGUUUCGAGAUGAUGUCAUGCCUUGGAGGAGUGAACAAGCAGGUCGCCAAGUGAUGACAUCACAGCAGACAGCUCCAGUGAAGUCAGCUGUGUGGGACCCCAGAAGAUUUAAGUCCAGUAAAUCAAACUUUUAAAAUAAGCGCCGUAAAACAGACUGAAAUCCAGCUGGACAUGGGGUCAGACUGAACUCACACAGGCAUGCCUUAAUAUGAACGAGGGAAAAAAAACUAUUUUCUCAGCGUUGGUUGCCAAAACUAGUCCCAUCACACGUAAUGUAUGUACAUAGAGUUUAUGCAAAAAUGUAAAUGUGUGUGUAUAUUUGCAUCUCGACACCGUCACCUGUGGCUUUGCAUCUUUUCACUAGGGUUCAACCGAUAUGGGUGUGAUGUUGACAUUUUUGCAGUUUAGUAUUUGUAACAGAUAUUACAAUUAUUAAAGUAGAGCAUUUUUUUUGUACAAUUUUUGUGUUUCUGCUGCAGAUGUGCUGGAAACACUGACACUGUGCAGUCUUCGGAUUAUUGAAUAUUUAUGUUCAGUAUCGGCACGAUAUCGGUCUAACCCUAGUUCUUCAAUCUCGCCUCCUUACAAUUCAGGGUUUUUGAGUGUGUUCGGUCAGCUGAUCACAAUCACACAGAGGAUUUUGUACUUCACACUCUGGCUCAUUCAGCCCCUUUGUUUCAGACUUUGUUUACACCUUAUCUGACAUUAGUUGUUGAUUUCAAUAGAAGCGUUACUGUUUGACAUUACAUGUGUGAGGCAUAGGAAAGAAAAAAGCCUCUUAUGAGUUCAGAUUGAAGUUUGGUUUCCCUGCUUUGUUUACAGUUUGUGCUUUUAUGUCUGUAUGAGAGAUGAAGCAACAACCACAACAACCUCACUCUACUCAUUUCAUACACAGGAGCUACACAUGUUCAGAUGUUUCUUUAAGAGAAAUGUAUUUUUUCAUUUAUUUAACAAUGAAUGGUUUUAAAUGUUGAAUUGGGCAGUUUGUUUUCUGAAGUCCGACAUAAAGAAGGAUGUGUGGUUUGUAGUGUUAAUAAAUAAGGUUUGCUCUGCGCAUAUUGAGAAGAAGCUGCUGAUGGGCGGAUUCGGUUCAGUGUGGUAGCAACGUUGCGGUUCAUCACCUCCCCACUUCAUAAUCAUUAAUAACUAUCUGCUGGUAUCAAAAGUCGAAUGCUUUUUGCUUUAAAAAAGGGCCAACGUGUUUGUUUGGAUUGAAAAGUCAACAGUAUUUUAAUCACUAAAGUAUUACAAUCAUUUUCAUGUGAACAGCAUCGAUCUCGCCGUAUAGGAGCUCUGAUCCGAGGUCAGCAAGGACAUGUUUCUAAAAGCAAAACAGGAAAUCUAAAAGACUUCAAACAUGCAUUUUUAGAGGAUGUAGUUGUAUAGGCUUGAAAUACACUUAACUUCAAACCCUAAAUUAUUAGGUUUUCACUCUGACGUCCAACUUUAAUUUCAGUCACAAAGUGUUUCCUGGGAAGAUAUUUACUCCUGCAAAGCAAUCUUUAUUUAAUGUUGUCUCUAAGUUGUACUGCCAAUGAAACAAACUGGUGCUGCACAUGGUCACCGCUCUCUGACAAUUCAUUCUUCAUUGUGUGAAAAAUAUGAAUUGGGUAAGCGCUCCUGUCCUGUGUGUCUCUGUCUGUCUUCUACAUCCUAUAGCACAUAAUGUAUAGAAUAUAGGGAAUCAAACCAUCCCGCUUCUUCUUUAAUAAAAUGU